CACUGGGGCUGACCCCCCCCACCCGCCCGGCCUGUUGCAGACAUAGCCCAGGUGCACCGUGCGUGGGCUCUGGCCGCGGGUUCACGGGGGCCCUGCACCAGGCUCGAGUCUCACACACGCGUGCAACACGAGGUGUGUAAAUUCCCCCAUUGUUCUUUGUGGCCCCCUCGCAAGGAGCCCAGGAAAGCCCAGGGGCGUGUGUGGGGGGAGGUGAUGGAGCCCGUGUAACCUUAACUCUGCCCAGCGUGCGCUUACCCAGCAGAGCUGUGAGCUGCAGGGUCCCUGGCAUUCUCCAGGUCUAGACAAUCAACUGACAGCUCUGGUGAGAAAAAUCCAUCUCCCCUGGUGCAGACAGCGCUGUGCCCAUGGGGGCUUCUCCCCCCUCUCACAGACGGGGGUGAGCUACGCCGGCAGGAGGCGCUCUCCCAUCCGUCUCGCAGGAGUGUCUUCGCUGAAGCCCAGCGGCAGAGUUUCAAGUGUCAGCCUGCCCUUAUAAUCUGCCAGCCUCAGGGAGGUUUCUGCGGCUUUGGUGGGAAUGCUGAGCCAGACGUGGGGAUGUCGUGGAGAAGGACACAGAGGGAGCCCAGCGCCUGCAUCCAGCCCUCAGGACCAAGGCCCUGGAGGGAAAAGGCUCUGGGUCCAAUUCCCCACCCCCAGGAACCAGCCUUUCUUUAAUGUGGAUGUCCUGGCCUGCUGCUUGACAGGUCCUUGGGAUUCCCAUCUGCUGUGUUUGUCCCCUGGCUAGCCGCUGAGAGGAGCUCCCAGCACAGACCCUUGUUGUACGUACGACCCUUGUACACUAGGCUAUUCCUGCCCCGCAGUGCCUGGGUGUGGAAGUACAAGCUCAAAUCCUGCUCUGCCCCGGCCCUGCAGAGUGGCUGGGACGGGGCAAAGCUAUGAGCUCGCCCUGCCCAGCAUGGGGCUGCCUUCUCCUUUGGAUCCCUCCUCUGAGGGCCAAAUGUCCUACUUCACCUUCCCUGUGUCACAGGGCAGGCCUGGCAGCCAGGAGGUGGGGCUGUGAAGCUGUUUAUGGAGGCACAAAGGUCCUGGCUGAUAAGAGACUUGUUUAUCUAGGAUCUUGUGCCCAGCCUCCAAAAGGAACCUUCUGAGUGAAAGCAAGUCCUCUGCCUUCCAACUCCCUUUUGUUGCUGUCAGCUGCUAGCCAACUGCUGUGUUCUACCCAGAGGUGGCUGCAUUUCUCUGGCAGCCCGAGGACGGCGUAGGACAGCUGCCCAGCCCCUGCCCCAGGCUGGGAGAUGGACUACCAGGUGCGAGAGCGGUGGCUGCGGGAGGAGCGGGAGUAUCUGCAGAGCAUGGCGAAGCAGAGGGGCUCGCAGGAGCAGGGGAUCGCAGCCUGAUUGCAGAGGCCGUGGAGCGCAACGACUUCCUGCGGCUCCUGGGCGAGGGCCAGGCAGACGCCAUGGUGCAGAGCUUCAUGCCCGCCUGGCACGGCCCGGGGCACACGGUGCUGGCCGAGGGCACUGAUGGGGACGCCAUGUACAUCGUCGCUGAGGGCGAGCUGAGUGUGACCCAGCGCGGGUGCCACCUUCGCACGCUGCUGCCGGGGGACGUAUUUGGGGAGCUGGCGAUCCUGUACAACUGCAAACGCACAGCCACUGUCACAGCGCUCACCCAGGUCCGGCUCUGGGCCAUCGACCGGCAGACCUAUCGCACCAUCGUCACCAGCCAGGCCAAGCGCCGGCGGGCCGAGAUCCUGGACUCCCUCAGAGAGGCGCCAUCCCUGCAAGGCCUGGCGGACGCUCAGCUCUCCAAGCUGCUGGACUGCAUGGAGGAGUGCACAUUCGCUCAUGACGAGGUGAUUGUUCGUGAACGGGACGAGGGGAAUAACUUCUACAUCAUCCUGAGAGGAGAGGUUCGGGUCAGCAGGCAUGUGAACGGGCAGGAGGAGCCGAUCCGGGUGCUGCGAGCCGGCGAGCACUUUGGGGAGCUGUCGCUGCUGCGCAACAUCCGCCGGACGGCCACCUGCCGGGCGCACGGGGAGGUCGCCUGCAUCACCAUCACCAAGGAAGACUUCCAGGAGAUCUGCCCCUUCUGCCCCACGCCCAGGCAGCUCUCAGAGCCAGACGUGGCUAUACUGGAGGCUCCGUCCCUUCCUGAGCCUGGCCGCACCCCGGGCCCCGAGACAGCCCUGGCCCCGCUGCGGCUCCAGGACCUGGCGGCUGUGCGCUACGAGGACGGGCAGCACCACGGCCUCCCCGUGGUCUUGGGCACCGGCGGCUUUGGCAGAGUUGAGCUGGUGCGCGGGGGGGGGCAGCUCUUUGCCCUCAAGCGGAUCCGCAAGGACCACGUGGUGCGGAAGCGGCAGCAGGGACACGUGCACACGGAGAAGCGGGUGCUGGAGCAGAGCCGCUGCCCCUUCAUCGUGGGGCUCUUUGGCACCUUCAAGGACAGCCAGUACGUCUACAUGCUGCUGGAGUUCUGCCAGGGGGGCGAGCUGUGGACCAAGCUGCGCGAGGUGCGCUGCCUCGAGGAGGAGGUGGCCGUGUUCUGCUCGGCCUGCGUGGUGGAGGGACUCGACUACCUGCACGGCAACGGGAUCAUCUACCGGGACCUCAAGCCCGAGAACCUGAUGCUGGACAAGCAGGGCUACAUCAAACUGGUGGAUUUCGGCUUUGCCAAGGAGCUGGCGCGGGGGGAGAAGACCUACUCGUUCUGUGGCACCCCCGAGUACCUGGCGCCUGAGAUCCUGCGGCACGAGGGCCACGACUUCGCCGUUGACUUCUGGAUGAUGGGCAUCCUCAUCUUCGAGAUGCUGGUGGGCCGGCCCCCGUUCCACAGCUCCGAGCCCCAGAAGAUCUACAGGAGGAUCCUGGACGGGGUGUUCUCGUUCCCGGCCUACAUGAGUGAGGCCGCCUGCUCCCUGGUCUCCAAGCUGUGCCGGCACCGGCCAGGGCAGCGCUUGGGCAACACCAGCACCGGCAUCCAUGGCAUCAGGAAACACCGGUGGUUUGGCUCGGUGAAGUGGAAGCGUCUGGCCCUGCGGCAGAUCGCUGCUCCCACCCUGGCGCUGAUGAAGCAGGGCCCGCCCUACGCCAACUUCAAGCGCUUCUCGGUGGACUGGACGCCGGCCGAGGAGGAGUUCUCGGGCUGGGACGAGGAUUUCUGAGCGGCCGUGGGGCCCAGGCCAGCAGCACCACCAGGACUGGGGGUGGGGGGACGCUCUGCUGGUGGCUGCUGCCCUGUUGCUGAGCUGGGCACGUGCCCCCUGCCCGCGGGAGGACGGGGCCCUGGUCUGCUGUUAGCCCUGGGCUGGCCCCUCCUGGGCAUGGGGCCCCAGCCUGGCAGACCCUGCUGGUGGGGAGCAGAGGGCCCUGGGCCUGCACAGGCCUGUUCCUGAAAGCGGCUGCAUGAGGGUGGGAGCUGCCCUGGGCCUGGCCCCCUGGGCUGUGGGCAAUAAAGGCCCCUGUGUGACUCCAUG